AUGUCUGCAAGAUCUAGUUCUUGCGCUAGUAGUCUGUCGCUGGAGUUGCAUACUUACAGUAACAACCUGGGAUCCACCAACAGUGGCCGGCUCGACUCAUGGGGUCACGAGUACUUUCGGGGCUCCUUCUCGGAUUCACCAGGAGUCGUUCUGACCAGUAAGUCUGGCUCUACCAACACCCAGAGCUCUGUUAACAAUAUACUGGCUACUCCCAGAAAGCUGAAGGUCACCAAGGAAGAUUUGUUGGCAUACCAGCUGUACGGAAACGACCUCAACUUUGUCAUGGACCAGAACGAAUACCUCAAAACUCUGGCACUGCCGUUGCACAGCCAAUAUGCUGAUUACGAACUGAUCCCAACCAAUAUAGUGGACGGCUACACGAUUCAGGCUCAGCUCACUACGCAGAAGUUGGGCCUGCUCCUACAUUAUGCAAAGAACGAUUCCCUGGGAGACCCAGUGAUUUUGCGACUCUCUCCAAACUUCGUGGAUUCCGUUCGUGUGGCUCGGUUCAUGAAUGAAUGGUAUUUGACCUCAGGUCUCAACCCUCCCACCCGUCACAGACUAUGGUCUAACCCUCGCUUGUCCAACCCAUUUAUUCUGUCAUCUUCAUCUAACAUUAAUGAUCCAGUGCAUAGAGCCUCGCUCUCUCGCCCUAUUACACUUCCAAAAGAUAUGCCUGGUGUUCUUUAUCCAUUGUCAGUUGUUGAUAUCGCAGUGGAGAUUGAUGGCUACCAACAAAGGCGAAUGGGUCUCGUGUAUCCAGAUAAAGGAUAUAGAACCAUCCGAGAUUACCACGUGGCCAAAGCGAGAGCCCAUGCUGCUAUUGGGGACUGGCACUCAGGAGGCAGCAUUCGUUCCACCAUCAGUGAGGUCAGUGGAGAGAAACCGAGUCUGAGCAGAUACUUGAUCAAGAACAAUUUGGGAAGUGGAAAUUUCGACGACUUGUCUAAUCGAGUUAGUCAGCUUCCGAAGUCGAACAAAGCCAUGGUAGACAUCUUGCUAGAUGUCAUUGAGGUCCUCAAAACGAUCGCAACCGUUCAUGAACUAGGUAUCGUGCAUAAUGGACUUACCAGUCACCACAUACUUCGAUCUAUGACAUGGUCUGGUGAAUCUCUGUCUUCUGAAAGAGUUACUAUUACCGGAUGGGACUUUGCGUUUUCCAUUGUUGGCGAAGACUCCUCUGAAGCAUACAGAAAGAAGUACAUGUCCGAGAUUCCAGACUUGCUUCCAUAUAUGUCGCCUGAGAAUACCGGUGAGACCGCCAACUUGGUCGACUAUCGUACAGAUAUUUACGCCAUGGGAAUUGUCCUUUACGAGUUGGUGGUUGGAUGUCUUCCCUUCCAGUCAGGGAGCCCGACCCGUCUAAGAAGAAUGCACCUCAACGAGAAACCUAUCGCACCCAUCAUUCUUGGUCAGGGUUGGUUGCCUCAGUCCCUCAACGAUAUCAUCAUGAAGUGUCUCGAGAAGGAUCCAGUUAACAGAUACAUGGAGGUCCACUCGCUAAUCAAAGACUUAUUGGUCGUCACUGACGAUCUCUUAGCUUUGGACGACAACGAAAUGCAGAAAGCAUCCAGAAAGUCAAUAAGCGCCGAUUUAGGAUAUAGUCGAGAGAAGUGUGGCCAGUUCCCUUACUUUUCUUCGUUCUUGGCCAAAUUGGCACAUGAUCAAUUCACUCAGGACGUUCUUGAGAGCUUCAACGAUCAUAAAGAAGGAAUGCGGUACAUACUCAUACAAGGUGAGAGUGGUGUCGGAAAAACAACCCUUAUCGAUGAGAUUCAGAUUGCAGCUGUUUCAAAGUACAAUUUUGUCAUACCUUGGAAUUACAAUUGCUCAGAUAUGAAUGUUACCAAGUACUCGUCUGCCAUACAUGGCCUCCAGACUGUUUGUAACCAGAUUUUAUCAUCGUCCAAAGAAAAUAUAGCUGAAUGGAGGCAUAUAUUCACAUCUGAGGUCGACGUGGACAUGAGUAUUCUAUUUCUGUCUAUUCCAGAGUUGAAAGUAUUGUUGGGUCCCCGGUACAAGAGUAUUCGUUCGGAAAAGUCUAGGGCAGUCUACCCAACCAAGGACCUAACACCGAAUGGCCUCCCUGUUGAGUCGAUUAGUGACCUCUUGAUGUUAGACUCUGAUGAUUCACAUUCUGACCUACUGGUCUCUCCAAAGGAUUUGCUAGUACAAUCUGGUUUUGAAGAACAGAAUAUUGAAUUGCGUUUCACCUACAUGAUCAGAAAGGUUUUUAGCCUUGUUGCAUCAAGAGGAUUGACUGUUAUACUUGAUGGAAUCCAAUGGUGUCCUAAAAGCGAAUUUUUGCUUAUAAAAGAAAUUGCUGACUAUUGUUUCAAUAAUGCUGAAUCCCCUAGUAUUUGUUUGGUUGGUGCUUUUGGAACAUCUAAGGAAGAAUCCGCUUUUGGUUCGGAAUAUUCAAGUUUAGAACCUAUCAAAGAACUACUAUACUCUGAAAAGGUGGUGGUCAAGGAAUUUUCAAUGGAUCCAUUGGACAAGUCUCAAUUCGAGAGCUUUGCAAUGCUGAUAUCUUUUCCCAAGUCUUCCGAUGCCGCUCUGAAUGACCGCCUAUUGAAUACUAUUUAUGAGCGAAGCUCAGGUAACAGAUUCAAUAUGAAGACAAUUAUGUGUACUUUACAUAUCAUGAACCAAAGUGAGCAGAUUACAUUUGAUGAAAUGGGAGAUUUCUUGGACAAAAAUUUCGUCACUAAUUGUCAGAGUGAUAUUGUUCUGAAGUACUACGAUGUUGUUCUCAAAGACAAGGAAAUUGAUCUUCUCAAGUUCGCAUCCAUUAUAGGAUCCAAUGGUGUUUUCAAGCUUUCUGAUUUGAUGAUUGUUACUGGACAGUCAUUAAAUGAAGUAUACGAAACCUUGCAAUUCUGUAUUGAAUCCAGAUUUAUUGUGCCAUCGGGAGUUUACUACAAAGUACCAUUUCACUUGCUCACCCAAGACGAUUUUCCAUUUGAUAUACCUGAUUCCAUGGUUUGGGAAAUGGCCACCAAAGCCAAGUACAGAUUUGAACACGAUGCAUAUCAGAUAAAAUUGUUGAAGGACAUGAAGGAGAAAGGUGAAUGGGAAGAAUACCACAGACUUUGCGGCUUGAGAUAUCAGAAGAAGGCAUCUCAAGAUGUAAACGUGAACAUUUCGAACUACUUGAGUUUGUGCACACAUCUCGUUGAGUCUGUGAACGUUGCAAGAGAGAAUGAUUAUGAGAGAUACUACGAGACUCUCGUCACAGGUGGCCGGUUCGCGUUGGCAACCUCGAAUCUAGUAACUGCUGUUCAAUUUUUCGAGGCGUCUGCAAAGUUCAUUUCUCCAGAUGAUAAGAGAAGGAAGAUAAAGAAUUUGCUUACAAUCUGCCAGACGAAUUAUUUACUAAAAAACUACAAUGAGUGUAUUAAAGUGAUACAGCAGGCUGAAGAUGAUUAUGGAAAGGAAAGCAAGGUUUUUUUAUUUCUCAAGAUCCGUUGUCUUUUUCACCUGAAACAAUUUAAACUGGGAGUUCGGCGAGCAAUCACUGCUUUGCAAAGUUUGGACGUUGAAAUCUCAAGUGAUCCGGACAAGUGCGAGGCAAUUGCUAAAAAGUUUAUAAGCUCGGUGCCAUUAUCUGUUCCAGAAAUUCGAGCAAUGAAGGGCUUGAAGAGAGCCACUGAUAACAAGUUCUUACUAAUCGCUACGCUAAUUCUGGACAUUUUGGGGCCAACAUAUAUUCUUGGACUUUCUCUGCUCAGAUUGGCAUUGAUGGCUCAACUUGUUCAAUUAAUGAAUCAGUACGGCAAAUGUGCUAAUUGUGCACUUCCGUUGAUUCACUUCGCCAAUUACUACAUUCAGCCGCAUGCUAACAUGAGCACGGUGAAGGCUUCUGAGCUUUGUGAUAUUGCGCUUGAUAUGAUCAAUGGUGAAGAAGGCUCCAGCACUAUAUUGUCUGAACAGAUCAAUGAGUGCUACAUUAUAUUCAUGGCAUCGUUCCGGACGAAUACUAAUGAGUUGCUGCGGUAUUCUGACUAUUACGAUUUUUCAAGUUCUGUAAUUGUUAAAGCCCAUGAUAACUCGCUCGCUCUUCUAGUGAUUGGCUCAGGCUUCAUUCUUAACUUGAUGAGUGGCAACACGGCAUCGUUUGUUGGAAAGCUGUCACUUUCUAAAAUCGUUCAGUUUGAUAGUGACGAAGAGUUUGAAGUGUUUGGCUCAGCAAUAAACUUGUGGAGAGAUGAAUUGAGUUUUGAAGCAUACUCGAAGGAGUUUGCCAAGUAUAGGGCAAUGAAACGACCAGAUCUUGAAUUCCCAUAUUUGGCUAAUGCUAUUUUAUGGUGUGUUUCAGAAGGAAGAUACAGAGAAGGUGCAGAAAUAUUCAUCGAUAGAGCCUAUUAUGUUCUGAGAAAGCUUCCCAUGUCCAUUCUUCACUUAGAGGUGUAUUUUUAUGCAUGCAUCUGUUUAUGCUUCAAUGAUGCAACAUCCACUAGAAAUGCUGGACUUGAUCUUGCCAAGAGAAUCAUAAAGGUAUUCGAAAGCUGGGCCAAUGCCUGUCCAGGUAAUUUUGCACCCAAACGCUUCAUUUUGGAUGCAUGCAUCCGAAGUAAUACAAAAGAUGAGUCAACAUUGUUUGUUUUGGAUUGCUUCGAAGAGGCAAUAGAAAGGUCUUCCAAAGAAGGAAGGUGGAUGGAUGUGGCGAAUCACCUAUGUGCCAGUUGGCUCAUUGGUACUGGUGAAAGCAAGCGAAGAGCGGGUUUCUUUGCUCAGAAUGCGCUUUCCAUGUAUCAAAUGAUGAAGGAUGAUAAACAAGUGGAGCGAAUCAAAAAAGAAUUCGCUUCAGUAUUUAGCAGCCAUAACUGGGCUGGUGUCGAGAUUAUUCCAGAGAGGAACAACACGAUGUUUGGAGAUAGUACGCAGCUCAACCGAAGACUUGAGGGUAUCUUCAAUGGUGACAAAAGUGAGGCCAGCAAGAGAGUUCAAGGCGCUUUCCGAUUGGAAAGCGAUCCUCAGGUUGCAGACUUCCAGACUCCCGAUAUCGGAGAUCUCGGAAAUCUGGCUUCACAGUCGGAGUUGUCUCAAGCUAUUAAGCUCUGUCUUACUAUUUCUGAGUCUUCCAACAUAGAUUCAAUUGUUUCCAGCUUGCUUGAGAGUAUAUUGCAGUUCUCAGGUGUUGACUACGCUGCAAUUGUGAUGAACUCUACUGGAGGAGAGCCAACAAUUAGAGCAAUUGGAACGCUUAAUAAUUUAUACAAGCUCGAUGACGACCCAUUGAGUUUGAGAACAGAUUUGGUUCCAUACCUGUUGGUGAUUCAUUGCUUACUUACUGGAGAAGUGAUCAACAUGGAAGCCAACAAGUCAUUCUUCGACGAGAGAUUUGGUGCUGAUCACUACUACACACAUAACCCAUGUUCCUCAGCAUUGGCAAUUCCAAUCAAGACAUCGACGGUGUUGGGAAUGGUCUACUUAGAAAGACAAAACCCUGCUAACGAAAUCAGGAAUGGAAAGCACUACUUUGACUCCAAAAUGGUGGAUUUGCUCGACUUGCUCUGUUCCCAAUCUGCCGUUGCAUUUAGCAAGUCCAUGCUUUAUAGUCAGAUGGAGAUGGCAAAGAAGACUGCUGAGGAUGCGACUGCCGAAAAGGCUAGUUUCUUGGCCAAUAUGUCACAUGAGAUCAGGACGCCAUUCAAUUCGUUGUUUGCUUGCUCGGUAUUCUUAUUAGACACUGAGUUGAAUACUACUCAACGUGAGUAUGUGGAGACCAUUAAGAACUCUGCUUUGGUAACUUUGAGUAUCAUUGAUGGUAUUUUGGCAUUCAGCAAAAUCGAGCAUGGCUCGUUCAGUUUAGAGAGCUCCCCAUUCAACAUUAAUAAUACCGUCGAAAGUGCUAUCCAAGUGGCCAGUGAACAGGCAGAAGUGAAUGACCUUGAAUUGGUGUACUUCAAUAACUGUCCAGAUAUUGAGUCGGUGAUUGGAGACUCCACUAGAAUGAGACAAAUCAUCAUAAAUUUGGUGGGCAAUGCAGUGAAGUUUACCAUGACGGGACACAUUAUUGUCACGCUCAGAGCUUCUGUUAUCCAUGGAAACAGAUGUGACGUCCAAAUCACUGUUGAAGAUACCGGAAUUGGAAUUCCAUCCGAGUCCCGCUCUAAAGUUUUCGGGGCUUUCUCACAGGUAGAUGGUUCUUCAAGACGAGUUUAUGGAGGUUCUGGACUCGGACUUGCAAUCUCCAAAAAAUUGGCAGACUUAAUGAAUGGGGUUAUUUCUUUUGAAAGUGUCGAAGGGAAAGGUUCCAUCUUCUGCUUUUCGGUUCCUUUGGAAGUUGAGUAUGUCAAGACAAAACCUAAGUAUGCUUCUCAAGAUACUGCUAUAGUGAUCCUGUCCAAGUUGCGCAAGCAGUCACUUCAGUCGUUUUUGGAAUACUAUGGAUCUAAGGUGACAACUUUCGACACCUUUGAUGAGCUCAUUUCUAGUAAGGGUAAGUUUGAUAUUAUAUUCAUUGGAAGCAACAACGUGGGACCGGAGCGGAUCAAAAGGUCGGCACUUCCCUGCCCAGACUGCAAAAUAUACUUGAUUGCAAAGUUUGGAAUGGUGUUCUCGGAGUUGUCAUUACAAACGAUGAAAGUCGAUGCAUUGAUAUUCACUCCAAUUAAUAGAAGUAAGGUUGAAGACAUUCUCAGGCAUCCAAGAUUGGAAACUUCAACCGAAAAGAUUGCCCCAGCUAAGAGUCUACUCAGUGAAACAUAUCCACUACGCAUUUUGAUCGUGGAGGACAAUGUCAUUAACUUGAGAGUGGCCCUGCAGCAUCUCAAGAAAUUGGGAUACGUCGCCGACCACGCAAAGGACGGAGUGGAGGCAGUUGAAAGAUGUGAAGUCAGAUUAUUGAACGGAGACAAGUACGAUGUGGUGUUCAUGGACAUCCAAAUGCCACGCAAGGAUGGCAUUUCUGCUACUAUAGAAAUACGAGAGCGGUUUUACGCUCAACAACGGCCAGAUCUACUCCCGCGCAUAAUAGCACUAACUGCUAACGUUGCCGGUGACGAGAGAGCGAGAUGUAUUGAGUGUGGAAUGGUUGAUUUUGUCACCAAGCCUAUUCUUCCAGAGGAACUACGUCGCGUGCUUAUACUGGUUGGCGAAGACAUUCGCAAUAACGAAAUUAAUGGAGGAACCUUUUGA